ACUUGUUUCUUUCCUGUCAUUUGGGAGUGUGUGGGGGUGAGGCCUGUCUAUGCGUGUCUCUUCCUUCCUCACUGCUACAGGCAAGACAAGAGCAGCAUCGUACUGAGUAAAAUGUACCUCACAGACUAAGCCACUAAGGACUACAUAAUACUACUAAUAAACCGGCAUUUUGGGAACAGGAGAUGUAUUGGAAUCUGCUCUAUGCAAACAUCUGUCUCUGCAUGCUUUUCUUAGGUGCUGCUGCUGAAAAUUGCUUUACUGCAGUUUUGAACAGAAGAGCCACCUUAAAUGUAGUGACUGGAGAAAGCCUGUCUUUGUCAUGUGUGGUCCAACACUGUGGGGAAAAGUUCAAAGGGAAAUGGAUUUGGAAAAACUCCACAGAUGAACCUUUCAGAUCUCUCCAAUCAAACGAAUAUCUCAGUCUGAAGAAUGAAGAUCUGUCCGCAAAUCAAACACGCCUCAGUCUGCAUUUGUUGACAGUGAAAGAAUCUAAUGAAGGCUUCUAUGGGUGCAGCGUUGAGUGGGACUCACAGGAGAUGGAACAGGGACACUUGAUGUUUGUCAAUGUCACUGUAGCUGUGCCAUCUGACCGCACUGUGCUGCAUGGGAUCUUGAUUUGCAUCUGCACUUUUAUUUGUGUCAUCAUCAUCGUGGGUCUGGUGUUUCGCCAGAGGUCAAAGGUCGUGCCUUUUUGCAGGAAAUUCGCCCCACUGACAUCACCGCGCCCUACGCCCCAGCACUCAGUUGAGUAUCAGGCUCCACUGCAGCAGAGCACCCCGCAACCUCCACCCAGAAGACAUGCACCCCAGAAAGACAGGGUGAUCUCCAAAAAGGCUCCACAGCCCCCACAGAAGACAGAGGUGGUGUAUGCAGAUAUUUCCCAGGAUGCACUUCUACGGCAGCAGCAGAGGGUCAAUGACUCCCAACAGUCCACAGUAUACUCCUCAGUCAGGUUCACAUAGCUAAAAACAAACUUGUGAACAGUUUUACUUUCCUUGUACGUUUUGUUAAAUUGUUGCCUACUGAGUUCAAUAUUUUAAAAUAUACCUGGAGUUGUGUUUUGUUUCAUUCACACAUGUUUGAGUUUACAUCUCCAAAGCUCAGAAUGCUGUGUUCCACCUUGUGAUGUCAUGAAGCAAUAGUUUUCAUAUUAACAGAUACCGUUUAUCUUUGAUUCAGUAGAGAUUGUAAUUCCCGGGCUGAAAUCAUCCAAAUGAUUCUAAUCAAAAUGUAUGGAGUUUAAAAACCCAGUGGAGCACACGGUGUAACAGAGAAUGUUCUUGUUUAAGAGAAAAACUCAGCCUAAAUAUACAAAAUUUCUGUGUUAAACGUGCGAAUGAAACAAAACAAAACACAACUCCAGAUAUGUUUGGGUAUUUGCGACAAGGAAACUACAGAAGAAAACAGAACAGAAAUCAUAAAAUAAAGUAAAAUCCCUUUAAAUGUAAAAGAAUGAUAAAAUGAAACAUGGAGACAACAUGACACAAAAUACAACAUUUUAUUUUAGAAUAAACUCUCCAUGGCACAUUACAUAACCAAAUAUACAUAUACAGGUGGAG